AUGUUCAGAACUACAUUGCGUGCUGCUAGUCCAAUUGCAUCCAGAGCGAUCUCUAGACCCCUAGUUGCCAAGAGUGCAUUUAUUGGUGCUUCCAAAUUCGUGGCACCAAUUCGUUUCUACACAGCUGCUCCUGUAGACAAGAAAGAGAUCACCUCUAGAGUUAUUGAUGUGAUCAAGGCCUUUGACAAGACUGCUGCAUCUUCCGAGGUGACUGGUCAGACUUAUUUCCAUAAGGAUUUGGGAUUAGACUCUUUAGAUACAGUUGAGUUAUUAGUUGCUAUUGAAGAAGAGUUUGACAUCGAGAUCCCUGAUAAAGUGGCAGAUGACUUAAAAAGUGUCGGUGAGACCGUUGAUUACAUUGCUUCAAACCCUGAAGCCAACUAA